CCCAUAAGACAUUUUGGCUCUGCUGGAUGAUGGCUCAGAGCCAACAUGGCCUGUAAACAACAACAGCGUCAAAGUAAAGUUAACCGAAUCUGAUUGUCGGCGUGACUUCUAGCUCUUGUUUAGAUUAGAAGAGAUAACACGGGUUGGAUUUUUCAACAAUGGUUCGAAAGUGUGUAUGAUAUACAUCCUGAAGACGGGACGUCGUUUUCUUCAGCGGGUAGCUUGUGAGCCAUGUCUGCACAGCAACCUAACAGCUCAGCCUCCAACAGCCCUACCAACUUCAUAGGCUCUCCUUUUUCAGUGAUAAGUCCCUCUCUCAACUCUCCAGUGGCAUCUCCCUCUCUGGGUUUCGGACCCAUCAGCAGCAAUCAGAUUUCAUCUUCAGCACCAAUAUCAGGGAUGCAUUCAGUCAGCAGCUCAGAAGAUAUUAAGCCUCCAUUUGGCCUGAGGCCCAUGCAAGCUCACAGCCCAGGAAUAAUGAUGUCUCAGAAACGACUGUGUGUGAUCUGCGGUGACCGUUCCUCUGGCAAACACUAUGGAGUGUACAGCUGUGAGGGCUGCAAAGGUUUCUUUAAGCGAACUGUGCGGAAAGACCUGAGCUACACCUGCAGGGAUAACAAGGAGUGCCUGGUGGACAAACGCCAGCGCAACCGCUGCCAGUACUGCCGCUACCAGAAGUGCCUGGCCAUGGGGAUGAAGAGAGAAGCGGUAAAUCCUAUAAAGUGGAAAAACAAGGAUGGAAAAGAUGAGGGAUGGAUGACGGUUCAGGAGGAGCGUCAAAGGAACAGAGAGCGCGAAGGAGAACUGGAGUUCAGUUCUGGAGUGAAUGACGAGAUGCCUGUGGAGAAGAUCUUGGAAGCGGAAAUGGCCGUAGAUAUGCGGGUGGACCUUCACUCCGAUGGAGGGUCUGCAGGAAACUCUCCCCAUGAUGCUGUUUCUAACAUCUGCCAAACUGCAGACAAGCAGUUGUUUGCAUUGGUGGAAUGGGCAAAGAGAAUCCCUCAUUUCUCCGAGCUGCCCCUUGAUGAUCAGGUCAUACUCCUGCGUGCAGGGUGGAAUGAGCUUCUGAUUGCCUCGUUCUCCCAUCGCUCCAUUCCUCUGAAGGAUGGAGCUCUUCUGGCAUCCGAACUGCAGCGUGACAGCGCACACGUGGCUGGAGUUGGUGCUAUUUUCGAUAGGGAGAGUGUCCAGAGUGCAGAAGUUGGUGCCAUAUUUGACAGGGUUCUUACUGAGCUUGUUAACAAAAUGAGAGAUAUGCAAAUGGACAAAGCAGAGCUGGGCUGUCUCCGGGCUAUUGUCCUGUUUAACCCAGAUGCUAAAGGGCUCUCAAGUACAAGUGAGGUGGAGCUCCUUAGAGAAAAAGUCUAUGCAUCACUGGAGGCUUACUGCAAGCAGAAGUAUCCAGAGCAGCAGGGAAGGUUUGCUAAGCUUCUUCUUCGACUUCCGGCGCUGCGAUCCAUUGGCUUGAAAUGCUUGGAGCAUCUUUUUUUCUUCAAGCUGAUCGGGGACACGCCUAUCGACACCUUCCUCAUGGAAAUGCUUGAAGCCCCCCAUCAGUUGUCUUAGAUAGGUGUUGUGUACUGUGGAUUUUGGAUAGCUGGAGCCUGGGGAGGCGGGUGUGGGACUGGAGUGGCACUUUAAGUUCUUUUUACGAUUUGUCAGUUUGUCUCACUGCUGUCUGCGUUACACCUUAGUGCAGCACAGAUUUGCUCUUUAGACCAAACCCAAGGCUUGGCAUGAUCUUCUAGCUGGUGCUAUGUGUUGUCAUAACUUCAUGAGUAAAACUAUGGUAAACACAUGAAUAUUUUUAAGCAAAAAAUAUUUACAUAUUUCUCUCA